AUGAAAAUCGCUGUUAUUGGAGCUGGUGCUGCCGGUUUAGCAGCUAUUAAAAAUUCCAUUAAUUAUGGAUGUGACGUAAUUUGCUUUGAACAGAGUGACAAAGUUGGAGGCACAUGGGUGUAUACAGAUGAAAUUGGUGUAAAUAAGUUCAAUCUUGAUGUACACAGUAGCAUGUACAAAAAUUUAGUUACUAACUUGCCAAUUGAAUUGAUGUGCUAUCCUAAUGAGAAGUUUCCGGAAAAUGAACAAUCUUUUGUCACAUCAGAAGUUGUGCUUGAUUACUACGAGCAUUAUGCUGAUAAGUAUAAUCUUCGUGAUAAUAUAAAGUUUGAACAUCACGUUUUAAGCGUACGUCCCAUUAAAGACGAGACAUGGGAAGUUAUAGUAAAUAAUCUUUCAAGAUCUACUCAUGAAACAUACAUUUUUGAUGCAAUUUUGGUUUGUUCGGGACAUUUCCAUUCUUGUCACAUUCCAAAAUACGGAAGUAACUUCAAGGGUCACCAAAUACAUUCUCAUCAUUAUCGAACAGCAGAAAAAUUUGAGAACGAGGCAGUUCUUAUAAUUGGAGGCAAUUUCAGUGCGGUUGAUAUUGUACAACAGACUGCAAAAUAUGCAAAAUCCAUCUUAUGGUCUCAUCAUAAUAAAACAGAACCUGAUAUAACAGCUUUUGGUACAAACGUUCGGCAAAAACCCGAUGUUAGAAAAUUUAAUGAAGAUUGUUUAGAAUUCAUUGACGGUUCUGUUGAGAAGAUCACCUGGAUAAUUUAUUGUACGGGUUAUGAAUUUAAAUUUCCAUUCUUAUCAGUUGAUUGUGGUAUCAAUACCACGGAUGAUUAUGUGAAGCCUCUGUUCAAGCAUUGUCUCAAUAUCAAUCGACCAACAAUGGCAUUUAUUGGUCUACCCAAUCUUAUCUGCCCUAAUCAAUUGUUUGACUUACAAAGUCGAUUUGCGUUGACUUUCAUUACUAAACGUCGCAAUCUGCCAUCACGAGAUGACAUGAUAAAAGAUCAGGAACUGGAUUUAAGCUCGAGAUGGAAACGAGGAUUACCAUUAAAAAAAGCCCAUCUGAUGGGGCCUGAUGUGCAACAUGAAUAUUAUGUCGACCUUGCUACAACUGCUGAUAUUAAACCAAUCAUGCCUGUUAUUGCCAAAAUGCACAAAUUCACAAACAUCAAUCAUACAAUGCUAUCAAAACUUAAUAUAAAUAAUUUUAUGUGCCUGAGCAACAUUGAAGUUGAUUUCAACCACAAUUUCACUUCAAUUAACGGUAAACCAGGAUUAACAAAAGGUCUGUCAAGUUUAAUAGAAGCAAUAAGAUUUGUACUCGAAUGCAGUGAAUUAGAUUUCAACGAGAUUUGUUCUUCUACAAAUUAUCAGGAAGACAAUCCAAGUGUAUACGUUGAAGCCACUAUUUCAGACCCCUUUGGACGUUCAAACAUAUUCAGAAAAUCAAUUUUUGAUCACACAAUUGUUUAUCAUAUCGAUGGAAAUGUCAGCAAUCAAUUGGAAUUUAAGCGACUGCUGUUAUCAUCUCAAGUAGUGCAACCUUUAAUGUCCACAUUCAUAAUUGAUUCUCAAAUGAUUGAUAUGGUAACAGUUUUGAGAGAUGGAAAAAGAACUAAUUUGAUUGAAACAUUCUGUUAUGAUGAUAAAGAUGAAAUUAUAAGUAACUACAAUCGAAUGUUUCAAUUUAUUGAUGAUGCAAAACAUGAUAUGAAUAUGAAUCUUAAAAAACAAAGAGCUCUUAACGCUGAAAAAAGAAAAAUUCACAAGAAAAAUGAAUCAAACAAGAGACGGUCACAACUUGUGAAAGAAUUUGAUGGAAAAUCAAUCCAAUUUAAUUUGUUUAAAAUUUUUCAUAACGCCAAAUUUCUUGAGUCUGUAGAAAAUUUUAAUCAUGAUGAGCAGUUGCUAAUUGAGGAUUUUGAAUCAUCAAUAGUUGAACAGGAUGAUAUUUUAAUACAUUCAUAUCACAACAAAAACAUUGCCACUGAAGAAAUUAAACAAAUGAAUCAACAAAUUGAGGAAUUAAAUGAAGACUUCAUAAAAUCCAAAGAGCUCCAUAAUCAAAACAAAAUAAUUGACAACGUUCAAAGUAAUCUGAAAAGAUAUUUAGAAACUAUAAAGGAAGAUAUCGCUAAGAGAAUUAGAUCGAUUCGAUGUGACAUAGAACAACUUGAUUUGGAGAAUGCUUUGUGGGAAUUAGAAUUGAAGACAAGAAAAACAGUUGCUUGUGAAGCCGAAAUGGAAGAAUUGCAGGAUGAUCUGAAAAGUUCUUUUCAUACGCUAAAUAAUUUGGAAAACAAAUUUUAUCCUCUCAAUGAAAAAUUAAACGAGCUGAAAACAGUUUUGAUGGAAAAAUUGCAGAAGAAAAAACAACUGGAGAGUUUUCUAGUCCCAAAGUUACAAAGUAUUUCCCCCGAAUCAUCUGUAAACAACAUAAAAGCUCGUGAAAAUAUUCUAAAAGAUUUGAAAGAAAACUUUUCGUCUCGUAUAAUUGGAAGACUUUCUCAACUUUGGCCAACUUCUGGUGAAACUGAUGCAGAUCAUUGCAAUGUUUUCAAACGAUUGGGAGAGUUUUCUGAAACAAUCAUUGUUGAUACAAAGGAAACUGCUCUCGAGUGUAUUAGUUACUUGAAGUUGAAACAACUCUCAGAUAUUAACGAAGCUUUCUUACCACUUAAUGAAUUGUCUGAUCAAAAGACCUCGAAUGACUUUCUUCCUGCCGGUGAACUUCCACCUUACUGUGAAAUCGUCGAAAAGUUAAUCAAAGUUAGUAAUGAGGAACUCAUGAGAAGUUUUAUUUACUUUCUCAAGCCAUCGCUCAUUUGCGGAUCUCUAAACGAGUCUGAGACAUUAAUUACUUGGGAUGGAAUUUGUUUAAAGGAAAACUAUGAAAUUAUUGUUAAAAACUUCAUGGAUUAUAACUCAAUUUCUCUUGUCAAUGGAUUAAUGGAAAACGUCAUAGUUACUCCUGAUGAUCUGCCAGAUAAUGUUUCUCUUAUUCAGGAACAAUUGAAAAGACUUGAGGUGAACUUUGAAUCAUUGCAUCAAAAUUUAAAAGGUAAUGUCAAUGUAGUUGAGAAAUCCCGAGAGUUUCUUAUUGCACUUGACACAUUAAGUCAACAAAUUGAGAAGGAAAGAGGGAAAAUAGGAAAAGAUGUGAGCCAAACUCGAAUCAAACGAAUCAACUCUGAUCUUGCUGCAAUAAGUCAAAAAGUCGCUCUUCAAAAGAAAAAUGUGGGAAGUGUCAAAGAGAAGUUUGAGGAAGUUGCAGUGGAGCGAAAAGAGAGAUUCGUGAAGUGUUUGAAUGCUCUCAACAAUGGAAUUGGUGAAUGUUGUCAACAAAUGUUUGAUGGAAAUGUCAUUGCCAAUCUCAAAGUGGCCAAAAAUAAUGAUGAACCGUAUCUUGGUGAUACAAUUUUCACUUGGUACACAAUUUCAAAUUCACCUAAAAUUCUCACCGAACUUGAUAAAAACUACGAUGCUGCCUUAGCUUUUAUCUUCGCAAUAGUGAAGAUGAAAGGUCACAAAUUAAUCAUUCUUAACGACAUAUCCGGAAAAAUCAGCAAACAUGCCAAAAAGUUUAUUCAUCUUCAAAACGAUUAUCAAAUUAUUUCCAUCUCUUCACGACGAUCUGACAUGGAUACUUCAAACUUCCUUUUACAUCCAGAUUCGAAAUCAAAUUUAUUUACCAUUAAACGAUGUCGUUAAUUGCGCAACUAACAUAUUUCGCUCAAUGUGUUCCUUUCAAUUCAAUGUAGAUACAAUAAAUAAAUUGUUUAAACGAGCGAAUCGUUUUAGUUUCAUUUCACAAGGUC